GGCAUUCAUACCUUCAACAAUUCCGUUCCACAAGGCGUGCCAUUAAGAACCUGAAGACAUGAAGGUCGCUAUCGAAGGGUGCUGUCAUGGAGAACUAGACAAUAUCUACCAAACGAUUGAGGUCGCGAAAAAUCAAGCAGGAAUCGAAGCGCCCGACGUGUUGAUAUGCUGUGGAGAUUUCCAAUCGUUUAGGAAUCAUUCAGACUUAGAAACCUUUGCGGCCCCAGUCAAGUAUCGUCAGCUGGGCACAUUCUGGCAGUAUUAUAGUGGAGAGAAGGUAGCUCCAAUCUUGACAAUAUUUGUUGGUGGAAACCACGAAGCUUCAGGUUAUCUAUGGGAGCUCUAUCAUGGUGGCUGGGUCGCGCCCAACAUUUAUUUCUUAGGUUUCGCCGGCUCCCUGAAUCUCAAAAAAGAGUUGCCAGAUGGAUCGGUUGACUCGAUUCGAAUCAGUGGUGCGAGUGGGAUUUACAAAAAGCAUGAUUACACUGCUGGACACUAUGAACGGCUGCCCUAUGAUAAGGGGACGAUCCGAUCCAUCUACCAUGUGCGGGAAUAUGACAUAUUCCGACUCGCCCAACUCCCAAUUGCAAGUUCAAGCGAUAUCUUCAUAUCCCAUGAUUGGCCUGUCGGUAUUGAGCAGUAUGGGAACACAGCCCAACUUCUCCGCGCAAAACCUUUUUUUCAGGAUGAGGUUGCUUCCAACACGCUUGGGUCACCCCCGCUCAUGCAUUUGCUCAAAACGAUUAAACCUCACUACUGGUUCUCAGCUCAUCUACAUGUCAAAUUUGCCGCCUUAUAUUAUCAUGACAAACAUCCACAAAUCCAUCAACCACCCCUCAUAGGAUCAGGAGCACUUAACCCAGACGAAUUAGCAAUAGAUCUUGAUGAUGAUGAAGACGAACAGAAACAUCCAUCCGCCUCGCUGAAGACACCCGUCCUCAAUCCAGACAUGAUACCUAUUGAUGACAGCGAUGACGAAGACGACCAGAAAAACGCUUCUACAUCGGUGAAACCCCUCACCAUCAACCCUGAUGCUAUAGAUAUCGAUGACAGUGAUGACGAAAUUGCACCUGAAGGCAGUCCAUUUAAUCACUGUGGUCUUCCGAUUCAUGCUCAAAUUGAUGGCCUUUCUGAGCCGGUUACUUCCACCUCGCAUCUGGAGAUGGGCGUCCGUGAGAAACAUCAUCCGUCCGACCCUGAGGAAAAAACAGAACCCGUACCCGCCCUCCAUCUCGCUGAAAGCAGCCAAGCUCAAGAAGCAACCGGAAGUUCGACAGCAAGAAACUCGGUUGGCUUACAGAAUCCUCCGAUCAAUACAGCGGCAAGAUCCACUCGAUUUCUAGCGCUAGACAAAUGUCUACCCCGAAAGGAUUUCCUUCAGAUUCUCGACAUACCUCAACCGGAUCCCUUUACACAAGCCUCAACUGAAUCUUUCCAACAAGCAUCCGGACAGAAACCCGAAGACUCUACCAAUGAUGCGCAGGCGGAGCUACAGAUUACUCCGAAGCCGGAUGAUAUAAAGGUUAACAGCACAGCCAAAUUAUAUUUUGAUCCCCACUGGCUUGCUAUCACCCGAGCAUUCCACCCCUUCCUCCCCCUGCAGAGGCACGGAAACCCGAAACUGCCCACUGAUCCCAUCGAAAUACGGAAACUAGUGGAUCAAGAGUUGGAGUGGGUCAAGCACAACAUCAACCCGGAAGCACUUGAAGUGAAUACUGUACAACAGUUUGUAAAAACUGCACCUGGGAUCGGUGAUCCUGGGGGUGAACAAACUGGCCAACCCUUUUGGUAUACUAAUCCCCAAACACUUGCUCUGGCGGAUUUGUUGAAAAUCGAAAAUAAAAUCAAUCCACCCUUUUUAGAAUGA